UGGACACUUCGGGUUGCAACAGGCCGAUUGAAACGCACACAACACACACCUGGUGGUUGUUUAGCAAUCAGCUGACUUUGUUGAAUGCAUGGAUUGACUGACAGACGCACGCUUGAGCUCACGUACGGGUAUAUUUGUCAAUAAGUCGUCUUUGGCUGGUCUUCUACUAUAAAGCUGGGCCUACCUGCUCGGGGUCCGCAUCACUCCUGAUCUUCCAUCCAGCAGCAUGCACACCACCCACGGCAAGGUCAGGGCUCAGCUCCCUCCGGCUGGCGACGUGUUCAGGAGGAGCACCACCUACUUGGCCAGGAUCGCCGUCGUCCUGCAGGACGCGCCGGACAAAAUGCUCACCUUCGCACAGUUGAUGGACAGGCUGGGGCCGCUCAUCAAGGAAGACAGGAAGUCUAUCAAGAACAACAUCAGAGUGUGUUUGUCCACCAGCAAAUGUUUUGUCAAGAUUCCACUGUUUGGUAACUCUGUGGUCAGCAAAAGAAACUUCUGGAAACUGGACCUGAGUCAGCUCACCCAUAAAAUGGUGCGCCGUCACUUCAAGGACCUCCUGGACUUCUUCCCCGAGUUGACCUCCAGGGGGGAGGAUGCCCAGAAUGUGGGCGUCCUUCCCUCCUCCUCCAAGGCCAGCUCCUGUGACUCGGUUCAGAUACGAUGUGAGGUCAAGUUCAGCGGUCCGUUCUCCAUCGAGUCCCUCCUGAAACGAGACAGCCCCGCCCCCAGAGCCUCGCCACGGUGCGGCAUGCCCGCACUCGCCCAUGAGCAUCAUUCAACGCCGCGGCCCCAGAAGAGGCGCCCCAGCUGGGACACAGAGGAGCUCCUCUGCAUGCACUUUUCCACCGCAAGGGGCGGCACGCACCCUGCGGACAGCGCCACCAAGUUCAGCAAGAGGGUGCGGACCGACCCCGCCUUCCCUGUGUACUCCAGACUAGGGGGCGGGGCUUACUUCAGCAGCAGUUACACCCCUUACAUGACCUUCACCCACGAUGCUCACCGUUUUUCUUUGUGACCUUUUUUUUAAAAAAACAAAAACUUUUCUACGUUUCAUGUUGUGGGACAAAGAAUCCACACAGGACCUCAUCAAUGUGUCUCGUGCGUCAAAAAGGAUUUUUGUUGAAGGCUCAGGAUGAAAACGGUCCUGCAUUGUUUUUAUUUAUUCUUGCAGGUUGAACGCCCUUCCAAUGUUGUCGUGUAGCAGCUUGAUAUAUAUUUUUAUUACCGGCCUGCCUUCAUAUUCCAAAUGAAACUUCAACUUUC